CAUAUGCAACUGGUAGUGAAUAUAAGAUCUGAAAGUUCGUAGGGAAGCUUGAAUCUUUUGAUAAGACAAUGGGAGGGAAAAGGAAGCGCUGUUCAGAAAUUUCCAACAUUGCCCACAAACUUCAGAGGCGCGAGAAUGGUAACAUUGCCCACAAACUUCAGAGGCGUGAGAUUGGUAACAGAUGGGCUUUGAGGAAUACUCAUUCUCAGAUUAAGUUCCGGAAUUUUGAGUUGCAGGUAGGGUUUGAUCUUUUCAAUUUUCAGUAUAUAAAUCACAGAUCCAUGAUUGAAGAAAUAGUUUCAGGUCAGGGUAUCAUAUUUGCUUUGGCAGAGUCAGGUGUUUGUGCUGCAUUUGAUAGACACACAAAUAAAAGGUUCUGCUACUUGAAUUUAAGUCCACAGGAAGUAAUUAGAAACAUGUUCUAUAACAAGAAAAAUGAUUCUCUCAUCACAGUAUCAUCGUAUGUUUCAGAUAGAGUCUCAAUGAAGUGCAGAACCACCCCACUUGAGUACAUUAGAAGAGCUCAACCAGAUGCUGGCUUUGAUUUGUUUGAAAAUGAGAAGAUUUGGCCUGGUUUCGUAGAGUUUGAUGAUAUCAAUGGAAAAGUUCUCACUUAUUCACUUCAAGAUCAUACUUACAAGAUAUUUGAUUUGAACAAGUAUACACUACUGUUCUCCUUAUCUGACAAUGAAAUUGAACAAAUAAAGACCACUCUUGGUAAAAUGCUCUUGAUAUCAAAAAGAUCUGCCUGUGGAAGCAUUCUUCCUCUGAAGAUCCUAUCUAUAGAGGAUGGCACUGUUUUGAAAUCUAUCAAUCAUUCAGUAUUACCUGAUAAAAAGAUGGAUUUUGUUGAGCUGUUCCAUGAGAAGGUACUCCUAAAACAAGAGAGUGAAUGUCUGCAAAUGAUUGAUGUUGAGAAUGAAAAGAUUAUUGAAGUGAGCAAAGAAGAGUUCAAGAAGCCUUCAACAGUUAUCUUCUUGUAUGGGAAACGAUUAUUCUUGUCAUUCUAUGGUGGGGAUGUUUUUGCAUGGAAUUUGCAAGGAGAGCUGGUUGCAUCUUACAGAGACCACUUGGUAAUGCAUCCUGGUUGUAACGUUCAUUUGACUAAUGAUGAAGAGAUGUUUAUUUCUUACAGGAAAGUUUGUAAGUCUGAUAAAAGAAAUGGGUCAAUAAGAAUUAACCACAGCUUGACUGGAAAAUGCUGUGCUAAGAUUGAUGUGGGUUUAUUUUGGAGUAGGCCUAAUGCAUCACCAAUCCAGAGCACCUUUCAAGACGCUCUUGAAGACAUUACUGCAUUUUUCUAUGACCAGGAAAGAAAUGAAAUUUAUACAGGUGAUACAAGAGGGUUUUUACAUGUAUGGUCAAACUGAAUGUUAAUGGGAAAGUGAUGAUUAUUUUGAAUUAUAG